AUGGCCGACGAAGGUACCACGCCGAUGGCAGCGUUGAAGCAGACGUUACUCUCUCUGUCGGUGUCGCUGUCGUACUACUGUAUCGGGCUCGUUCGAGGUUAUUCUGCACCCGCCGUACCAUCGAUGCACGAAACGGCGCCUGGCCUGCUGCCCUCCAAAAACAUUGCAUCCUGGGUCAGCUCGAUCCCUCCAUUCGGAGCCUUCUUUGGGAGUUUGGUGGCAUUCCCACUGAUGCACCGGAUUGGCCGGAAGUACACGGUACUGAUAGCGUCUCCACUAUGGGCCAUCGCCUGGAUCCUGAUCGCCACUGCUACCGACUGGCGGGUCCUGUUUGUCGCCCGUAUGCUGUCAGGAUUCGGUGCCGGAUUAUCCUUACCGGCGGCGCAGGUUUACGUGAGCGAGUGUAGUGAUCCAAAGAUUCGCGGAGUGAUCGGUUCGCUUCCCGCGCUGGCCAUGUCCUUCGGCAUCCUGGUGAUGUACAUUAUGGGGAAGUUCUUCGACUGGCGGCUUCUCGCGUGGAUUUGUUGUGGCAUGGCAUGUUGCCUGUUUCUGGCCGUGGCAUGCUUCCCCCAGAGUCCGGUGUGGCUGAAAACACGCAAGCAGUACGAGAAAGCGCACAUCUCAGCCAAGUGGCUCCAUCUGCAGGGUUUCUCAGUAGAUCCGAAGGCAGCACCGGAUUCGGUUGCAGCACACCAAACGGGUCAACGGAAUGAAAAAUGUUCCCCAGAAGCCAACUCACCGAAACCCUUCUCGAAGGAAGCGCUCCUCCGGCGCGAGAUCAUGAUUCCCCUUGGCAUUGGGCUUGUGCUUUUGCUGAUUCAACAGGUAAGUGGCAUUGAUGCGGUGGUGUUUUUCACCGUGGAAAUCUUCCGCUCCGCCGGUUCUUCGAUGGAUGGCCACUUGGCGACGAUCAUCGUGGGCACGGUGCAGGUAUUGAGCAACAUCGCCGCCCUGUUCGUGGUAGACCGAGCAGGCCGUAAGCCACUGCUCAUCAUGUCCGGGUUGAUCAUGUGCCUGGCCAUGGCGUCGAUGGGUGCCGCUUUCCAUCUCAACGCCAUCGGGAACACGUGCUUCGGAUACCUGCCAAUAAUCAGCCUGAUCGUGUUCAUGAUCGGGUUCUCGAUCGGUUUUGGCAGCAUACCGUUCCUGCUGAUGGGUGAGCUCUUCCCAACGGCACAACGCAGUCUGCUUAGCUCUCUAGCCGGGUCGUUUAACUUGGCCAUGAUGUUCACUGUCAUCAAAACCUACCACCCACUGGAAGACCUAAUCACCGCUUCCGGAACGUUUCUCAUGUACAGCGUCCUCUGUGCCUUGGGAGUCGUGUUCGUUAUCACCUGCGUACCGGAAACGAAGGGUCGCGAACUGGAAAGCAUCCAAAAGCUGUUCGAACGAACACCCCGACACCAUCACGAGCAGCUAGAAUGUGGCAAGGAUGCGAGCCAUGACAACCCCGUGUUUAACGCCACGGAUGAAAUAGUGCGGCAUCAGUCGAACCCUUCCGAGAAGCGAUCUUAUGAUACAAAGCUGUAGCGAAGAUUGCUAGAUGAUCUGUUUCAAAUGAGAUUAAAUAUUAAAUAA